AUGACAAGCCUUUCGAGGUUUAGUGGCUGCCCUCUCUCUUGCGUCAACCCCGGGGAGAGCAAUACUGAACCCAGCGUGGUGCUGCCACCUUUGGCAGGAGAGCACAUGGGACACCCCACUGGCAGUUCCUUAAAACUCUGCCCCUCGCACAAUUUGCGAGACUACCCAGAGACGAGGUCCAGUGCAUAUGUUGACCAUUCGGUUCCCAAUUUUUCAGACUCUGGAUACCCCAGUCACCGGUUAGAGCACAGCCCUAGGGGCAUUAUCAUUGGAGCCAAUCUUUCUGGAGCCGGCAUGCCACCCGUCACUGAUCAACUGGCAUCAAGACCUAACCAACAUGGAGGGAUUGGACGCUAUCGUGACUUUCAUGGCUGCAGAGACAACAGAAGCCAUACUUUUUUCACAAGUUAUCAGGAGCAGGCCCAUGCGUCCUCCGACGCAUCUCGAGAUCUCGGCAGCCAGAUGAUGCUGGGUCUGCCUGGCGACCUCCUCACCCGGACUCACCCUUACGGCCAAACUAUCAGCCCCAAGGGAAACAGCCAGCAACUUGUCACUCAGUUCCUGGGUCUGUACAAACCCCUGAACAUGGCAAUUCAGCGUGGAGGAGGAGACGCUUUCCUCAGGUGCUCAAAACAAACAGUAAAGCAUGAGCUGGUGUGCAAGUGGAGUGACGGCCAAGAGGGGGCUGGAAAGCUGCCUUGCUCCAGAGCCUUCGGGACCAUGUAUGAACUUGUCACCCAUGUGACAGUGGAGCAUGUCGGAGGACCUGAGCACUCUGAAUAUGUGUGUCACUGGGAGAAUUGUGUGAGAGACAGGAAGCCUUUCAAAGCCAAAUACAAGCUGGUGAACCACGUCAGAGUCCACACAGGGGAAAAGCCAUUUCCCUGCCCAUUUCACGGCUGUGAGAAAGUUUUUGCAAGAUCAGAAAAUCUAAAGAUCCACAAGAGGACUCACACAGGUGAAAAACCUUUUAAAUGUGAGUUCGAGGGCUGCAACCGGAGGUUUGCGAACAGCAGCGACAGAAAGAAGCAUUCACAUGUGCACUCCAGUGAUAAACCCUACAUGUGCAAGGUCAGGGGCUGCGACAAGUGUUACACCCACCCAAGCUCCCUGCGAAAGCAUAUGAAACUCCACUGCAACAAGACCCAAGUCGCCAAAGACGGCGACGCGCGUCCUGGUGGUGGUGGUCACAUUGCGGAGGGCAGGUCAAGCCGAGUCUCGGAUGGAACCCAGAUCAGCCCUCCUCAUCCACCCACCUCAACUCAAGAUGUCCCCCUGUCCCCAGAGAGUCGAGACGAGUCGACCCCGAGGUCACGUUUCCAUCACACGUUUGACAGCAGUUUGGACUACUCAACACACAGGUCACAGCCCCUCUUGGACCCUUUGUUGUUACAGAGAGGCAGCUACAGGCCCCAGUCCUCCCAGUACCCCUGCAGCCAGACAGGUCACGCUUUUGCCCAGAGCUCAAGGACUUUCUCCCCUGCUUCUUCCUUUCAGAAAAGUAUUGUUAAUGGAUGGUACACAUGCCACAGCGGCGUGGACUCUUUCCCACCAAAGCAAUGCAAUAACAUCCCGUCUCUCUGAGGUGUUGUUGGGACACACACAACCGGCUUAGAAUUUUGGGCCUAUUUUUCAUGUCGUAGCUCAAACUUACAGCUGUUGUUCUCUGUACUUUCGUGAAUGUUGUAUUACAUAUUUUGCGUGACGUCCUCAGUUAUCCUAUUGAGUAUUCAAUGGAAAUGUGGCAAGCUUUAUUUGUUGUCGUGAGGCCUGUUCGGUUGGGUUUGGUUUAAAGCCCAUACAUCUCCCAAAAGUGGAUUAUAGGAACCGUUAUGUGUAUUUCUAGUUUUCGUUGUGUUGCAUAAGUAUUGAAGAUAUCUAUCUUUAAGUGGGGAAAAAAUGACUAAGGAUUUAAUGGAAAUCUGCGUGUUGAUUAGUCUAUUCUGAACUUUGAAUCUUUUAAGUAAAAGGAAGUGUCUUGCUGAAUGUAGCCCUGACUGUAGGGGUCUUUCUUGAAUGUAAACUAGUCUAAUGUAUGUCGGGAUGAAUAGAAAUAUUAUUCAUGACUUAUGUACGUCGCAAGAUAUAAUAAAUAUCUAAUUUUUUUCGCCCCCCUCAAGUUAAAUGUUGAGGUUUAACAACCCUGCGUGACGGGCCUGGAGCAUGAGUUGUAAUUAAAAUACCGCAAGGCUCAGUAGUUUUUUUCCCCCUGCCCUUGAUUAUGUUUCACUUUUUGCCCCAUUUUUUAUUUUUUUAUUACACACUGUGUAUUAUAUGUAUAUUUCACAUUUCUGUGCAGAGUAAGAGUGUGAGUAUAAACCAGUGGUCGUGUUACUAUUCAAACGUUUAAUUAGCAUACAGUUCAACUGUACAUAAGCUCACUGUA